CGAUGGCUUUCGCUACUCUCUGAUAUCUUCAAAGAAUGCCUACGCUGGAAGUCCUUCAAGUAAGCAUUCAGAAUCCCAUUCCCAAUCCGGCGCAGCCUGUGUGCAGAGAGUAGUAGUGACGUCGACGCGACGCGGCCAAACAUGACAUGACAUCACUGCGUCGCGGCUUAAAUUCGUCAAGCAGUUCUUGAAAGCAUCUCUCCUCUUUCCCUUCUUUUUGCAAUCAUGGCCAAAAGCAAACGAAACUCAUACCAGAAACCCAAGGUCGCCAUUCCCAAGCGCAGCGCGUCUAAAGGGAGCGCUACCUCCUCUCAAGCCUCCCCCGUGGAACCCCAGACACCCAAAACGCCCGCUGAUGAGGGAAUCGAGUUCUUUCAAUCGAAUGUCGUGCCGGGCGAGUUGCCUAUUCAAGUCUACGAACUACGUCUUGAAGCCGACGGGGCUCCCCACAAGGACCGCUCAUAUAUCCGCCUUCCUCCCGCAUAUAUACCUUACAUCCUGCGCGUUUCUAUUGACGCCGGUACCGCUGCUUCCAAGAACGGCGUGUUCAAGACCAACUUCCCUCUUGACGGCGGCAAGUUUGGAAGGGAUCAGUUCUGUGAACGCAGAUUGCCCACGAACUUUUCGAAGCCUAUUCAAAUCGAUCUCCCCAUCUCUCAUGCGGGAGCCUUCGUCUUCUGGGUUGAACACGACGGCGAUUCCCCCAACGAACGCGUCAAAGGACGCGAGGGUUAUUUCAACAUAGACCCUGUUCUGCGUCUGAAAUCGCGCGAUUCUGUCUUGAAUAAUGGCAAGAUCGUUCCCCAGACCAAGCUUGGCGCGCAGAUGACCAACCUUCCCAUGAAUGGCCUAUCCAUCCUCACUUUGGUGUCCAAGUGGAUGGGCGACGCAUCGGAAUGGCCCAAAUUCUUUGCCGAAGCUUGUGACCGUGGCUACACGAUGAUCCACUACCCUCCGCUUCAAGAACGUGGUCACAGCGAUAGCCCGUACUCCAUCCGAGACCAACUCAAGUACGAUCCGAGCAUAUUUGGAAGUGCCAGUCGCAAGGGAGAUGGGGGUAAGGCUCAAGUCGAAGCUGUCCUCAAGAUUGCCCGGGAGGAGCAUGGCUUGCUCAGUCUGACAGAUGUCGUGCUUAAUCACACAGCGGAUGAUAGUGCUUGGCUGGCCGAUCAUCCAGAAGCAGGUUUUAGUCCCGCGAAUUCCCCUCAUCUCACCCCCGCUCUCGAGCUUGACAGUGCGAUAAUUCAAUUCUCGAGUGAACUGGGCUCCAAGGGACUUCCCACCUUCGUCAACAACGAGCAGGAUCUCGAGCGAAUCUGCUCUGCCUUUCAAGAUAUGAUGAAAGGCCUUAAUCUGUGGCAGUACUACGUUGUCGACGUUGCUCGCGAGAAGGACACGGUCAGAGCUGCCCUUGUCGCCAACAAGAUCACUGCCUGGGAUGGGCCAACAGUCGCUUACAAGUCUGUCGUCGAGAUCGCUGAGAUUCUCCGUGCCUCUGGCAAGAUUAUCGGACUUGGAAAGUAUGCGUCACGGUUCGGCGUCAGUGUGGAUCCUGGCGUGGCUGCUGGAUUCGUCAAGGCAGCGUUUGUCGAUAUUUCCGAGAUCGAUUCUCUUGUGGACGCUUGGGCUCGCGUUGUGGACGUGAUCAAUGUUUCGCUGUACCGGGAAUGCGAGGAAGACGCAGGUGUCGCGUCGGACAAUGUGAAGAAUCGUCUCAAGUACACGCGCCUUGACGAGCAUGGUCCCAAGCUGGGGGAAAUUUCGAAAUCCUCUCCUAUGGUAGAGCCCUACUUUACUCGGAUCGCUCCCACCCCCGAAGCAGAUCCGCUGGUAUAUUCCUUGGCCAACAACGGUUGGAUCUGGGCAGCGGACCCUUUGAAGAACUUUGCGGAGCUGCCGUCCAAGUGCUAUUUACGGCGUGAGGUCAUUGUUUGGGGAGAUUGCGUGAAACUCCGGUAUGGUUCUGGGCCUGAAGACAAUCCCUGGCUGUGGAAACACAUGACUUCGUACGUCGCAGAACUUGCUGGCACAUUUGAUGGGUUCCGUAUCGACAAUUGUCACUCGACACCUCUGCAUGUCGGAGUUGCGAUGCUGGAUGCUGCUCGCGUGGUCAACCCUGAUCUCUACGUGUGUGCCGAGCUGUUUACUGGGAGCGAGGACAUGGAUAUGCUAUUUGUCAAGCGAUUGGGGAUCAACAGCUUGGUUCGGGAGAGUGGCAACGGAUGGGAUCCCAAGGAGCUCUCGCGCCUGUUGUACCGCAACGGCCUCGGCAAACCCAUUGGGUCCAUGGAUGGGGCCUGCAUGACCAGCAUAUCUGAGCUUGCCUCUCCCACCGGCAAAGGACCUGUCCGGCAGUGUCAGGUGACCAUCCUGAAUGGAUCGACACCGCAUGCGCUGCUGUACGACCUGACGCACGACAACGAGACGUAUCUGGACAAGCGAUCCGCUGAAGAUGCACUUUCGACGGGUGCACUGGCGACAUUCAGCUUUUCGGCCAUUGGCUCUGUCAAGGGAUUUGACGAUCUCUACCCGAAGCUAUUGGAUCUAGUUGGGGAGAAGCGACACUAUGAGCUAACGGGACUAGGCGAAAAGAGCGGUAUUGCUCGCGCAAAACACGUGCUGAAUGGACUGCAUCUGGAGAUGGCGCUUGGUGGGUACGAGGAGGGCCACGUUCACCAGGAGAAUGAAUACAUUGUUCUGCAUCGUGUUCAGCCGACCUCUCAAAGAGGGUACCUUCUUGUGGCACAUACUGCAUUCCACAAAGGAUCCAAGGACCGGGGCUUCAUUGAGCCCGUCAAGCUUCGACGUACCAAGGCCAAGUUUGUGAUGGGUGCCAGUCUAGAAUUUGCGUCAUAUGAGGUGCCUCAAGACUCCAAGACUCUACGAGGGAUGCCUGCGAAGCUUGUGGAAAUGGAACCGGUUGUUGCUGUCCAGGGCGUGGAUGAUGCGGGCCCGUACUCGGAGGUUGUCGUUCCAGAAUACUUUCCUCCAGGGAGCAUCAUGGUCUUUGAGACGAUGCUCGAGGAUCACGACGAAAGCCUGGACACGUUCUGUGCGGCUGGGGCCAAGGAAGCCAUGGGCGAUUUGGACCUGGUCGACCUGAAUGUGGUGUUGUAUCGAGCGGACGGCGAGGAGCGAGAUGCGAGCUCGGGGGAGUACGGAGUGUAUGAUGUUCCCGGACAUGGACGGCUGGUGUACUGCGGGCUGGAGGGAUGGAUGCAUCCCCUGCGGCACAUCAUGCGCUACAAUGAUCUGGGGCACCCGCUGUGUGGGCAUCUACGCGAGGGCACCUGGGCCUUUGAUUAUGUCCACCAGCGUCUAUCCAAGCAGGCGGAUUCGAUGCCGCGCCUGUCCAGGCCUGCGAUCUGGCUGCAGGAUCGAUUCGAGCGCGUCAAGGCUAAUGUUCCCCCGCAUCUGCGCCCGAAAUACUUUGCAUUGAUUAUUUCAGAAGCUUACAAAGCCGCACGUGCUGCGGUCGUCGAGCAGUGCUCCGAAUUUGUGUCAAGCGGGCACUCGUUCACGCAGGAUCUUGCCAUGAGCUCCGUGCAACUUCAUGGGUUGGUCCAUUCGGCAUCGCUUGAUCCGGGCACAUCGACGUCAUCACUCGCUGCUGGUCUGCCACACUUUGCCGCUGGCUGGGCUCGUUGCUGGGGUCGGGAUGUGUUUAUCGCACUUCGUGGGCUGUUUUUGACGACAGGCAAUUUUGUCGGCGCCAAAAAGCAUCUGAUGGCGUUUGCGUCGACCUUGAAACACGGCCUGAUUCCGAAUUUGCUGGAUUCUGUGCGCAAACCACGAUACAAUUCACGUGAUUCGCCGUGGUGGAUGCUUCAGAACAUUCAGGACUACGCGACGAUGGCUCCCGACGGAUUGUCGAUCCUGGGCGAGUCGGUGAAACGGCGGUUCCCCAAAGACGACGCGUGGGUUGCUUGGGACGACUCACGUGCCUAUGCGUACAGUUCCACCAUCGCAGAGAUCAUCCAGGAGAUUCUCCAGCGUCACGCAACGGGGAUCCAUUUCCGAGAGUACAAUGCUGGACCGGAGCUGGACAUGCAAAUGAAAGACAACGGAUUCAAUAUCGACAUCCAGGUCGACUGGACGACGGGGCUUGUCUCUGGCGGAAAUGCCGACAACUGCGGCACAUGGAUGGACAAGAUGGGCGAGUCGGCACGAGCCGGCACGAAGGGUGUUCCCGGAACGCCUCGCGAUGGUGCGCCGGUCGAGAUCACCGGGUUGUUGGCGAGCACUCUGCGCUGGGUCGAUGAGCUGUCACGUGUGGGCAGAUUCCCGUUCAAGGGUGUUCAAGCGACCAUCGACGGCAAGGAGCGCCUUGUGACAUACAAGGAAUGGGCGGGGUUGAUCCAGGCAUCGUUUGAAAAGUGCUACUACGUGCCGGUGAAUGCCGCGGACGACAACCAGUACCAUGUCGACAGCAAGCUGGUGAACAGGCGAGGGAUCUACAAGGAUGUGUAUGGAUCAGGUCUUGGCCGGGAGUGGUCUGACUACCAGCUGCGGCCCAACUUCCCGAUUGCCAUGACCGUUGCGCCCGAGUUAUUCGAUGCGCAGCACGCCGCGGGCGCCUUGGCCAUCGCCGACACUGCUCUCCGCAGCCCUCUUGGAAUGAAGACCCUGGACUCACGUGACAUGCAGUACCGCCCGGUAUAUGACAAUUCGAACGACUCGGACGACGCCGCCAUCGCCAAGGGACUGAACUAUCACAAUGGGCCGGAAUGGGGCUGGCCGCUAGGUUACUUCCUGCGCGCAAGCCUGCAUUUCGACGGUGGCAGGGACAAGCAGGAGACUCUCCACCGCUUGAACGAAAUGCUGCUUCCAGCCCGGGAACACAUUAAAAAUGAUCCGUGGGCGGGAAUUCCAGAGCUGACCAACGAAAAUGGCGCGUACUGCGGCGAUUCGUGCAACACCCAGGCCUGGAGCUCCAGUUGCAUUCUCGACUUUUUGGAGACUGUCCACCACACGGACUAG